UGAAUGGUGGUGGAUGUACACAAAAAGCACAAAAAAAGAGUUUCCGUCGGUUCGGUUUACUCCUUUACUUAAGUGCUUCUCCGGCGCGCGAUGAAGCUGUUUUGAAGAAACCCUGACCGCCUCUUUACCUGCAAAAGGUACGCACGAAAAACGCGUGUCACGGGCCGCGAGUGUUUAUUUGUGUUUAGCGUGAAGCAUUUAGCGAAGUUACCGAUAACACCACCGUGUGCGAUUGCCGUGUGGCCGUGUUAUCAGCUGUUCCGAUCAAACAAAGGAUCGCAUUGGGAAAAUCGAGAUCACAGGUGGACAACUGCACAAUGUCAGCAUUCAAGUUCGACGUCCUGGUGUUUGGUUCGUGCAUAGUCGAUUUCAUAAGCUAUGUUCCCCGGUUGCCGAAGGCGGGUGAAACAUUGCACGGUACCCGGUUCGCCACCGGGUACGGUGGUAAGGGCGCGAACCAGUGUGUGGCCGCGGCCCGACUCGGCAGCCGAGCGGCCAUCGUCGGCAAGCUGGGUGAUGAUGUGUGGGGAGCAGCCUACCGCGAUGCGCUCGCAGCCGAAGGCAUCGUCGUGGAGAACGUCGAACUCGUCCCGGGAGAGAGUACCGGCAUCGCGCAGAUCAACGUGGCCGACAACGGCGACAAUCAGAUUGUGAUCGUGACCGGUGCCAAUCGAUCCCUCGGAACCGCCGAUGUCGCCCAUUGCCAGGCACUGUUCCGUCAGGCGCGGAUCCUGAUUUGCCAGCUUGAGACACCGCUGGAAGGAACGAUUGCGGCGCUCGGCGCCUUCGAAGGUAUUUCGAUACUGAAUGCGGCCCCGGCACCGGAUCAUAAAAUUCUCGUAUCGCUGCUCGCAUUGCCGACGAUUUUCUGCGUAAACGAAAUCGAAGCCGCACAGCUGACGGGGAUGGCCGAAGUCAGCGACAUCGCGCAAGCGAAAGUGGCAGUGCUGCGCCUGAGAGACAUGGGAUGCCGCACGGUGAUUAUAACGCUCGGUGAGAAGGGCGCAGUGUUUGCGGAGAACGGCAGCACCCAGGUGUACCACGUGCCAUCUACCAAAGUGAACAAGGUGGUGGAUACGACGGGAGCUGGGGAUGUGUUUAUUGGUGCGUUGGCUCACUUCAUAGCCCAAUCUGGCGCAGCGCUGGCCUGCUGCAUUUUUGCAGCUAACCGCGUUGCAGCACGGUCCGUUCAGAAGCCGGGAACACAGACCAGCUUUCCACGUUUGAGCGAGCUGGACCUUCCGGGUGACGAUGAUCUGGCGACUCUGCCCACGCAGUGGGAACUGGUGUGACGAAGCACUUACAAGAUUACAAACAGUCCUAGAGAAAAAAAACGCCAGACGGGUUUUGUAUGUUCACUAAUCACUAAACUGUACUUUACGGAACAUAAAGUUCUUUAUUGAAGUGGAUUGAAUUCAUGUAUAAUCUAACAGGUUCAAAGCUUAGUCCAAAACUAUAACGGGUGUCAUCUGUGACGGUGUCCAAAACUGCGGAUUACAUCGUGUUCGGGGUGUAGAGCGUUGUCCUAUUUACACAGUGCAGACCGGAACCGCUGGGUGUGGUUUUGUUGUAAGUUUGUGUGGGUGUGCCUCCAUACAUUACACCAAACGCUGUGACCAUUCGCGAUGUUUAAAGUACUUAUCUGUAGAACGACAUUACUGCCCGCUAUGCUUCAAAUUGAUAGAUUGAUACUCCUCUCUCGGCACAAAACGGCCCGUUUUGUGCAAGAGCACGUUGCGCUUAAAAAUCAUUUCAU